AUGAAAACACCUGGAAAGAGAAAGUAUGUGAAAAUGGGCCGGAUAUGGGAUCAACCAAAAAAAACCGGACACGCAAUUCUGUGGGAUGCACAACUCAGGGCGAGUUUACACGGAUUCUUCACAAAAUUUACUGUGCAUGGCUUCAAACAAGGAUUGUGCUUUGCUCGUGAUCUGGCUGAAUACGGAACAGACAGUCCACAUUGGAAAUCAAGUUCGGAAAAUGGAUGCUUUGGGAACAAUAUCUCCGAUUCAGACUCUGAUAUGACUCUGUACAGAAAAAGGACUGGCCAAAACCUCUAA